CCGGAUUCAUGUCGAUUUCGUGCGAAUCAAGCAAAACCACCGAUUAGUGAAUCGAGAUGACAUGUAGUGUCAUCGGCGAAGGCAGUAGCGACAGUUCGCCCCAAAAGCUAUCACCUCAAGCAGGGCGUUCAAAUUCCAGUAUGAGGAAUACCAUAGGCAGAGAUUACGGGAAAUAUGAAUUGACGGUUUUGUUGAUUACACAAUUGAGCUACAUACCUAUUACAACAACCAUGUUAUCUACAGCUUUCUAUGAGCCUACACAGCCCACAUGUAUGCUUCUCAAUAUCACCAACGAUGCUAAUGAUGCUGCUAUGGUUGAUCCAGAGAUAACGGACGAGUUCAAUUCAUUGUUAUUGGAUUGGGGUGAAGCUUGUCAGCAGUCACCUCUAACGACACUCAUGUCCACAACAUUAAUGGCUGGAGCCCUAACUGGUUCUUUCGUCGCUGGAUGGUUAGCUGAUGCUUAUGGAAGACUCGUGGUCCUGAAAGGCUGUCUGCUACUGCUGUGCAUUGUGAAUGUCAUAUUUUCCUUUGUCGCUACCGUAUCAUGGUGGUUGUCAGCUACACUUCUAUUUACGCUUGGGGCUGGAUGUGGAGGAUAUAUGGUUACCAACUUGGUGAUACUUAUCGAGUGUCUAGAUCACUCAAAUUCACGAUUGCUUGCGGUUUCAUUGAACGGAUGGAGUAUCUCCAUGGCAUUUGUUGCUUUAAUAGCACGACUUACCCAGCACUGGUUCACAUUCCACCUCUUCACUGCCCUAUUAGCUCUUUUAGCACUUUUAGCAUAUCAACUAUGGGUUUAUGAAAGCUGUCGCUGGCUUGCUGGAAAUCAUCGUAUGGCGGAAGCACGCUCUACAGCCGUUCAAGUCAUGGCUAGGAGAUCGGAACCUGUUUCAUCUUCAUCAGUAAAUGACCGUGAAUGGUGGGAAAUACUUGGGUUCUCUCAACCAGCGGUGAGUUUGCAGGAUAAAACCGAAGCUAGAAGGAAGUAUACGUACUCGGAUCUCUUUAGUCACCCUUCCAUAUACAUCCCUUUGAUUGCCUUAUGUUACUGCUUCGUAUCGUUGUCUGUGGUGUCUUUUGGUUUUUACUUCAACGCCGAUGCCUUACCCGGUAAUCGUUACCUCAAUCUAGCUCUGAUGGGGCUUUCAAAAUUUGCUCUAGGUCUUCUACCAUUCGCUGUUUCUUCAUUUGUUGGGCGUCGCCCCAUAGCUUUUGUUUCUGUAGGAUUUGCUUGCGCCUGUGCAUGGGUGGUGGUCAUCAGCCAACUUUGUGGAACAGCAGCGAAUCACUGGUCCCUGGUUGCCUUAUCCCUGAUGGUUUCGGCUGCCCUCGAUCCGGCGUGGAAGAUCACUCAUCUACAUUCAGCUGAACUAUUCCCAACGGUUGUGCGAAACAUGGCACGUGCCGUCUGCAAUGUCGCAGCAAGGCUGGGAUCUGUGGCAGCUCCAUUGGUUGUGCACUCACGGACCAUGCAUUACCUCGUCCCUUAUGUAGCAUUUGGUGCAUUUCUCACAAUCCAAUUAGUGGUAGUAGCAGCUUUCAUACCGGAAACUAAGGAUAAACCCCUCCCUGAAGAGCUGCCAACUGUUUUGAGUACUACGCCUCCUGCAGUUCAAACGGAUCAAGAAAUGGAGAUGAAAACGGGUACCCCAAGCUCAUUAGAUGUUUGAUAUUUGAAUAGUAUUGGAGAUGAAAUGUUGAUAUGGAAAUGACUGCUAUUCCCAUCUCUUUUACCCUAUUUCUUCUUCUUUUGUCGCUGUGAAUUUGUACUACUGACCUACCAACCCAAGUCCUAAAUACUCGUUGUUUUAUCAAUUCCAGAUUUUAUAUGUGAUUGUACAUAGUGUUAAAAAUCAUGUUUCAUUGUUCUGUGAUAGAAUUCGGUGAUUAUCUGUCCUUUCAAGCUUUAAGGUCAUUCACAAAAUUAACUGCAUGAAGAGUUUACGUGACGACAUACAAUGCCGAAAUAAUAAAGAUUCCAUGCA